AUGAGAUGGCUAGCGGCACUCCUCGCCGCGGUCACGGUCCUCGCUGCUCCGCCGUUGAGCGUGUCAGUCGAGACGGCCUGGCCCACGCCUCCUCUCCUCCUUGAGAUCCUCGAAGUGGCAUACGACGAGUCCCCAUCAUCCUACUUCGACAUCCUCCACCUGCUCUCCUUCCACCUCGCUCCCUUGACUCUAACCCCGCAGGAGACGCUAGACCGCGCCACCUCGUUACUGGACACGCAUGCCCUCCUAACUGGGGAGAGGGACACGUUCCAGCUCGCCCUAUCGCUGCAUACAGCUGCCCCCCGUAUCGCCGCCGCCUUCUCCGCCAAUGAAGAAGACGUUCCCUGCGACGCGUGGGUCAAAUUCCACGGCUCAGUCUACUGCGAUGCGGAACCUCUCUCUCGUGCCGUCUCCCGUGGAAUCGAAGCAGCCAACUAUACUCCCGAACACAUCGAACCAGAUCCCUUCGACCGCACCCGGGGACCUGGACUACUCUCAGCAGUCCUCUACUAUUCUCCCACGCCGGCAGCGCUGCCAUUGUUGGAGGUCCUGGACGAGUUUUAUACGGCGCAUCCGACCUUCUCCUAUGCCGUCCGGUACACCUCCCAAGAGGGAGGGGAGAGGACAAAGUUGUCUGGCUACGGCGUCGAAAUGGCGCUCAAGAAGACAGACUACCUCGUGGUGGAUGAUCGCCAGACCGUCGGGACGGGGGAUGAAGGGAUGUAUGUGGAGAAGGAUCGCUUCGAAAGUGUGCUCGGGAAGGAUCCCUGGAGUGAGCCGCCGUUGACGAAGCCCGAGAUUAAGAAUAUCGGUGUCGCGGCGACGGCUCUGAUCAAGGCCGCGUCUGACCCUAUGGCUGCGUUCGUCGCCCUCGCCCAGGACAUUCCCAAGUAUGCCGCGGCGCUCGCGCGCAAGGUCGAGGUGCCGCAGGCCAUCCGAUCCCGCGUCUUCCGCCUGGGGUUCAAGCACCCCCUCGGCCCGGCGCUAUACAUUAACGGGCGGGCGGUGCAAGACCGCGACAUGAACGCGUUCAGCCUCCUCUCGAUUGUGCGACGUGAGCGCCACUGGAUCAAGUCGCUCAUGGCAAUCGGGCUGUCCCCGAAGCACGCAUACGAGCUAAUAUCGGACCCGAUCGUCGGCGAGGCGGCCACCGAGGUUGACCCGCUCGAGGGCCUCGUGGACGCCAGCGACCGCCCUGAAGGCGGCGGCGUGGUCGUCUUCCUCAACGACCUCGAGAAGGACAUCACGUACUCGCGCUGGCCAAACACUGUACAAUCCUUCCUCCGCCCCAUCCACCCCGGCCAGCUGCACUAUGUGCGGCUGAACGCUUGGAACGCCAUCUCCGUGCUCGACUUGGCGAGCAUGCGUGGCGCCGAGAUGCUCGCCAGUUCAAUCUCCCAGCUCGUCCAGCGCAACCUGCCUAUCCACAUGGGCGUCGUACCGAUGUUUGAUACACUUGACGGCCCCUCCGCACAGAUGGCGCGCGUGUUCUACUACCUCGCGGACACGCAGGGCUCGAUGUCCGCGCUGCAGCUGAUCACCGCCAUUGUCAUGUCCAACCAGGACACCAAGACCAAGACCGUCGAUCUCGGCGUCGUCCGCCAGCUCUACGACGGCAUGUACAACCAGGCCAAGCAGGAGGGUGAAGAGGUACUGAGCUUUGACGAGGUCCUCGCGUCGCCCGAGCUCGGCGAGCGCCUCAACACCACCAAGGCGUACCUCGAGCGCCUGGGAGCUAUGUCCGCCGACUCAGCGACCGGACACCUCUUCGUCAACGGCAUCCACUCGGCGAUGCAGCAUCAAUGGACGAUGCAGCUGCAGCAGGUUAUCAGCUCGCAGCUCGUGUACCUCCAGGAGUCGAUCCGGAACGACGAGGGCCCAACCCAGGAGUCGAUAAGCACGUUCUUUUACGACCUCCCAACGACGGGAAAGCGGCGGAACAAGGUCAUCCUCCCGUCGCCGGACAACGAGCUGCGCGCAGUGAGCGUGCUCGACGUGUUCGAGGACGAGGCGGCGGUGCUGGCCAAGCAGUUCAUCUAUCCCAAGGAGGCCACCAGGGCUACCCCUCUCUCCAUCUGGAUCGUCGGCGACCUGGACAGCAAAGACGGCCACGCCUUGCUCGAGGGUGCGCUGCGAAACAUCGAUCGGGAAGGUAGCGCCACCCGUGUCUCCUUCGUACACGUCCCCAACGAGGCGUCCAAGAACCUCCCCGGUCCGCGCCUCAGCACCGUCCUCUUCCAGCUGACCGCCAAGGAGGACAGCUCCGUCAAGGCCGGGGACUUGCUUGACAUGAUGGAGGAGGUCGCGCGUAUCCGCACUAACCUUGUGGAGGUGGGAGAGAUCCGCGCUAACGCCGACCCCAACGCGCCGCUCAACUCCUUCGUGGAGGAGGGCUGGAGCGGCCCGGACACGGCUCUCGCCGCCCGGUUCUGGGAAACCGUCGGGUCGCAGGUCGCCGACGUGCUCGGUCUCAAGGGGUUGGGUUUGCUGGUCAACGGCCGCGUGCUUUCAGUCCAGCAGUUCACGGCGGAGGACUUUGUCGCGCUCGAGGCGUAUGAGCUGCGCAAGCGUGUGCAGCCUGUCGUGAGUCUCCUCAAGACUUACUUCGCAGACGCCGACAUGUCAAGGGACCACUUCGCGGACAUGGUCGCGGUCGCGUCGUCGGUCAUUGCUGCCGCAUACACCCCGCACGGCUCUGAGGGCAUCUGGAUCCAGCAGCAGCCCUCGCGGUCGCGCAGCUACGAGAGCAUCGACGAGGGCGAGAUCUCGUUCUCGGUCGGUAACAAGGACGGCGCGCUUGUGCGCGUCGCGGCGGUGCUGGACCCCGUGUCCGAGGAGGCGCAGAGAUGGUCGGCACUCAUCCAGUGGAUUUCGUCGCUCGACAGCGUGUCAACCACAGUCUGGCUCGACCCAGACAUCCAGAUGGACGACUUCAAGGUGAAGCGGUUCUACCGCUCCGCCCUCCGCACCUGCCUAACCUUCGACGUGGACGGCAACGAGGUUCUCCCCGCCCCGACAUUCCAUGGUCUCCCUUCAACCCCCAUCUACACUUUGGGGAUGGAAGUGAGCCCGUCGUGGAUCGUGAGCCCCAAAGACUCCCCGCUCGACCUGGACAACAUCCUGCUCUCGACCCUCUCCUCUCCAACAACAGUGGCAUUUGACCUCAAGCUCCUAGUGGUUGACGGGCAUGCGCGCGAGGCCGCCUCGAUCGCGCCGCGCGGUCUGCAGCUCCAGCUCUCGACUGCCAACGAGACCAUGAGCGACACACAGGUCAUGGCCAACCUCGGCUACUUCCAGUUCAAGGCGCGGCCGGGCGUGUACGAUUUCGCGAUCCGGCCCGGCCGCGGACGCGAAGUGUUCGAGAUUGAGAGCGCCGGGGCAGACGGGUGGGACUCGCCACCAGCCAAUGUUAGCGGCACGAAGAUCCGCGUGGACAGCUUCGACGGCAUGACGCUGUACCCCCGCUUCUUGCGGCGGGCGGGUAUGGAGGACGCCGACGUGCUUGUGGGCGAGGAGGUGGCCGAGUCACUCGCGGGCAGUAUCGUGUCCAAGCUUAAGUCCCUCGUCGGCCUCGCACCCGCUCCUACCAAGCCGGCUUCCCGCCACGCCGACAUCAACAUCUUCACGGUCGCCUCGGGACUCCUCUACGAGCGCUUCGCCUCCAUCAUGAUCCUCUCCGUCCUCAAACACACAGACAGCACUGUAAAGUUCUGGUUUAUUGAAAACUUCCUCUCGCCCACCUUCCUGCGCUUCCUCCCCGCCUUUGCAGAAAAAUACGGCUUCCAAUACGAGCUGGUAACCUACAAGUGGCCGCACUGGCUGCGCGCCCAAACAGAAAAACAGCGCAUCAUCUGGGCAUACAAGAUUCUCUUCCUCGACGUCCUCUUCCCCAUGGACCUCGACAAGGUCAUCUUCGUCGAUGCCGACCAGAUCGUGCGCACCGACAUGCGGGCCCUGGUGGAUCUCGAUUUGCAGGGACACGUAUACGCGUACCCGCCGAUGGGCGACGACCGGACCGAGAUGGAGGGUUUCCGGUUCUGGAAGACGGGGUACUGGGUAAAGGAACUGCAGGGACGGCCGUACCACAUUUCCGCGCUGUAUGUUGUCGACCUGCGUGCCUUCCGUGCCAAGGCUGCUGGCGACCGCCUUCGCGGAACGUACCAGGCCCUCUCGGCUGAUCCAAACUCGCUCGCCAACCUCGACCAGGACCUGCCUAACUCGAUGCAGCGCCAGCUGCCCAUCUUUACCCUCGACAGGGACUGGCUGUGGUGCCAGACCUGGUGUUCGGACGAGAGUCUCGCGACCGCAAAGACGAUCGACCUGUGCCAGAACCCGCUGACUAAGGAGCCCAAGCUCAGUCGCGCGCGCCAGAUCCCCGAGUGGGACAGCUACGACCGCGAGAUUGCCGAGUUUGCGGCCACGCUCGGCGACGGCGGGUUGGCGGCCAACGUCGACGACCUGGCCAGCGGACCGGGUGGUGCAGGCGCUGGAGCGGUCGGAGACCGGCCCGACUCUGCCCAUGAGGCUCAGCCUGCUGAGGCUGGACAGGCCGACACCGAGCGGCCCAAGGACGAGCUUUAG